CAAGUCCCUCCAAGAGCCACCCUCUCCCAACUGUAUCAAUAUUUUAAUCUAAUCCCAUUGGGAUUAUAUUAUAUAUAUAUAUAUAUAUUAUUCAUGAUCAAGAUUAUUACAUGUUCGUUCUGGUUAAUAUAAUUCAGUAUUCCAUUGUCAGACAUCUAUCCAAUAUCCCUGAUCUAAACCUUAAGUUUCUGGCAGCUUGCUUCAUUUUUGUUUCGCUUUCAAAUUUCCAGGCUACCUUAUAACUAUCAUCGAUCGCCAUCCUCAUCAUGAGUACUCUCUCUGAAGCCUACAAAGACCAACCUCUCCACCUCAAGCAUAUCAUCCCCCUAGACUUUGCCUCCGUUGGAUCGCUCAUGCCGGACUCCCAUGUCUGGCCUGGAUCCGGCGAUUUCCCACCGUCGGAGGAGGAGUACAACCGGUCGUCGGUGCCGGUCAUUGACCUGAGAGAUCCCAAUGCCUCGGAGCAUAUCCGACGGGCAUGCGAGGCGUGGGGUGUGUUCCAGCUGAUAAACCAUGGGAUAUCUCCGAUACUUAUAGAAGAGGUUGAGCACGAGGCUGAACGAUUCUUUGCUCUUCCAGCUCAACAGAAAUUGAAGGCGCUACGGUCCCCCGGUGGGGCCACCGGAUACGGCGUCGCUCGGAUAACGCCAUUCUUCUCCAAGCAUAUGUGGCAUGAAGGCUUCACCAUCAUGGGGUCUCCACUCGAUCAUGCAAGGGAAGUUUGGCCCCAUGAUCACCAACGGUUUUGCAAUGCAAUGGAAAGAUAUCAGAAGGAGAUGAAGACUCUAGCAGAGCGAAUAAUCCGUCUAAUCUUCAGGUCAUUAAGCAUUAAUUCCGAAGAAGAGAUAAGCUGGCUAGGUUCAAGCUGCAAUGUCUCCACAGCUUUACAGCUAAAUUCAUACCCUUCCUGUCCGGACCCAAACCAGGCCAUGGGUCUAGGCCCCCAUACCGACACCUUCCUCUUGACCAUCCUCCACCAAAGCCAAACAAUAAAUGGCCUCCAAAUUUCCAGGGAUGGAGUCGGAUGGCUUCCUAUUUCUCCACUCCCCGGUGCACUUUUUGUUAACAUGGGAGAUCUCUUCCACCUUAUCUCCAAUGCCCGAUUUUCAAACGUUCUUCAUCGCGUGGUCGUGAACGGCACUCGGCAAAGAUUUUCCGUUGCCUACUUUUAUGGUCCGCCAACGGAGUUUGUCGUGUCGCCUCUGUGUAAGGGUUUGAAUUCAGGACAAGUACCUCUUUACCGCUCUGUGGCAGUGAAAGAUUAUGUUAGUCUGAAGGCCAAACAUAUGGAGAAUGCGCUUUCUGUUAUCAGAAUUGAUUAAAUUAAAUGAAGAAUUAAAAAAAAAAAAAAAAAAAA